AUGAGCUUGUUCCCGCAAUUGCUGUUGCGGCAGUUGGCAGCGGUCCUGGAGGUUGACGCUGAAGAACUUGACCUUGGUUCUGGAUUUAUUAAGAAUGGAGGCAAUUCUCUUAAUGCUGUUGAACUGGUAUCACGUUGCAGGAAGUAUGGGGUAUCGUUAUCCGUGGCCCAGGUUCUUUCGUGCAAUAAUUUGAACGACUUAUUCCUUAGAAUGGAUUCUAAAUCCGACUACCAUCAAGUGAGCACGCCGUGCUUCUCCGACGAUAGCGAAGAUGAUUCACCAGCGUCCCUACCCUCAAGCCAGCCCUCCCCACGAGCUACAACCCCAGUGCCUGGAGCAAAUAUGUUAGUGGAGGAGGAAAAAGUGGGAAUUAUCAACACUGCCUUGACAACCCCAGAUACAGCCCUCGAUGAACAUGCCACAGAAGGUCUCAGUGAAAUGCAAGCCUCCCUCCUUCACGGAUCACUCAAGAACCCUGGCACCAAUAUCAUUUAUCAUUACGAAACCUUCCUUGCAACCGUGAUCCCAAAAAUGAAGGAAGCAUGGAAGUCUGUGAUAGAAGCAGAGCCGAUUUUCCGGAUGUCAGUAUUGGAUGGCGAGCCAAGUGUCUUGGGUCAGGGCCAGUUUAUCUGGACAGAGGUCACUGUCGAUUCCGAAUCGGAGUAUCAGAGGCAUUUGCAAACCGUGGGACUUCCCUCGUCGCUCUCAUCUUCAUUCAAAGUGGUUCAUUUUCCAGGAAAAAACCCAUCAUCCAGCCGCAGCACGAUAAUUUGGGCAGUUCACCAUGCACUCAUCGAUGGCUACUCAGCAAUGCUUUUAUUCUGCAAAGUCCGUCGCGUUGUUGCAGGCUUAUCUAGCCACCCUAAACCGGGGCCAUCAUUCAAGCAGGUUGAUAGACAAAUUGGAUUAUGGCGCCAACAACACAAGGAGGAAGGAGAUGCAUAUUGGAAGCGGCAAGCUCCUCGGCUCGAACAGUCACAAGGAGACCUGCUACUUCCGGCACCUGCAGGCAAUGGAGGUGUUUCUCCCUGUUCUAUCACAGAAAGCGAAGAAAUCCAUGUCACAAGUAAUGUCCAGGAAGUACAAUUACAAGGACUUGUUAGGCAGUUGGGUAUCACGCCGGCUGCCUUCUAUUAUGCAGCAUGGGCAAUUGUCCUCAGUUGUUAUGCUGACUCGGACAGCAUCGUUUUUGGAGCAGUACUAGCGGGACGAAACCUUCCGUUAGAAGGGGUUGACGAAGUGAUAGGGCCUCUAGUCAACACAUUACCACUAUGUGUCAACGUUGAUCGAGAUUUAUCGGUUGAAGAGUUCCUAAGGACUGUCUUUACUCACAUCAUGGAGCUGGCCGAGUACCAAUGGACCACACCUGACAAUGGAUAUACUAGAAACUUCGCAACUGCCAUGGCUUUACAAGUGCCAGAGCCAGAAUGCCCCGGGGGGAUACUGCCGAUAGAAGCCCCAUACACACGUCAGACGACAGACGUACCACUUAGUAUCAAUGUUCAGCCAAAUGGAGGGGCACGAUUCGUUUAUCACACUUCAAAAUACAAUCGGAAUGAUAUAGGGGGUAUUGGACGGCACUAUCAGCGUGCGCUGCAGCUCCUUCUAAGACCACAUCGGUCUCUGAAGGAGUGUUUGCAAGGACUUCUCGGAUGUGCUGACCUUGAGACACUGAUGAACUUCGGAAACUGCCACUCCACUCUCACAACCACGAUGGCGGUCCAUGAUGACCUAGUAACGUUGUUCGAAUCAGUAGCUUCCAAGGACACUGACGCAAUUGCCCUUCAAAAGGGUAGCUUCGAGUUGACAUACGGGCAGUUUGACGCGCAGGCCAGUCGUGUUGCAACCAUAUUGAAAGGCUACCUAUCUCCGGGGGAUGUGGUUUGCGCCCAUGCAAACCGCUCAUCAAACUGGAUUAUUGGCAUGAUGGGAAUUCUCAAAGCAGGUGGCGUCUACUGCGCAGUAGAUAGCGGACUGCCACAGGAGGCUCGAGAUGUCAUAUUCUCGGCAUCUGGAGCAAAUAUAUUCCUUGUUCCUGCUGAGAUCAACAAAGGAGUCUGUCCAGCAGCUUGCAAUUCUUUGCUUGUUAUCGAUGAACUGAUAACUAGGGAUGAGGUGCCGUUACCCCAUCGCGGUUUACCUCACCCGGAAGCUAAUGCCUAUCUGUGCUUCACCUCUGGUUCCACCGGAAAGCCCAAGGGGGUGAUGUGCAGCCAUGAAGGGCUUGUGGCAUUCCAACGGGAUUUGGAGGUGCGAUUAUUCGCACAGCCGGGUCACCGUGUUGCUCAGAUAAUGUCGGUAGCUUUUGACGGCAGUAUCCACGAGAUAUUCUCCGCGCUUAGCUACGGCGCUACCCUCGUGUUGCAAAGUGGAGGGGAUCCCUUCGCCCAUUUAAACGAUGUUGAUUCCGCCAUUUUAACUCCUUCAAUCGCGCGUGUCCUAAACCCUGCACACUAUGACCGAUUAAGUUCCGUUUAUCUUGUAGGGGAGCCAGUACCACAGGCUGUGUGUGAUCGCUGGUCCCAGGAGAAAGCGCUUUAUAACAUGUAUGGGCCGACUGAGGGCACAUGUGGCGCAACCAUAAAGCGCUUAUAUCCGAGCCAGGCGGUGACAAUUGGGCCUCCGAACCCUUCCACACGGUUGUAUAUAAUGAAUCGGCAUCGGGAAUUAGUUCCCCCCGGCGUGAUCGGCGAGAUAUACAUUGCUGGUGUCCAGGUUGCGCGCCAGUAUAUUGGAAUGCCUAAAGAGACCGAAGAGCGAUUCAUCGCUGACCCCAUACGCCGCAUCGGAGAACGCAUGUAUAAAACGGGGGAUAGGGGAUACUGGUCUAGCAAUGGUGAAGUGGUUUGUUUAGGCAGAAACGACCGCCAAAUCAAACUCCGAGGAUUCCGCCUUGAUUUGGACGACUUGGAGACCCGUAUGGUUCGUGCUUCAUCUGAGGUGACAGCAGUGGCUGUAGCUAGGCAAGGGAACCACCUUGUUGCUGCUAUUCUCCCCGCUACAGCUGAUGUGAGUGCUUUUGCAGCGAGAAUAGCUCAGGUCCUCCCCCCAUACGCAACGCCUCGCAAAAUUUUUGCCUUAAGCGAAUUUCCAACCACAAAGGCAGGCAAGCGAGACUAUUUAUCUCUAGCAAAGAUGAGCCUUCAGGAAUCUGCAUCCACAGGACGGCCAUUACGAGGGUACUUGGAGAAGUUAAUCGGCGAGGCGUUCUGUGACGUCCUCAGACUCGAGCCGCAGGUUCCACUAAACACACACUCCAGUUUUCACGAGUUAGGUGGACACUCGCUUCUGCAAUUGCAGCUCAAAAUUCGCAUAAGCCAGGUUCUUGGUCAACAAAUCCCGCUCCGUCUGGUAGUACAGCACGAUCGCAUUGAACAUCUAGCGGAGGCUAUCGAGAAAAAUGGCCCCGGGCUCCCGCAGCUCCUCAGGCGAGACGAAAUGGUUCUUGGGGAGUCUAAACUUUCUCCAAUGGAGCUAGAAUGGUGGCAUAAGUGCCAGGUGAACGAGUGUACAUCCAGCUUCAAUGUCAAUUUUAUUGCUAAGCUGGAUGGCAAGCUCGUUGACAGAUUGCGUCUAGCUGAUGUUUGCAAUGAUGUGAUGGCUCGCCACCGGAUUCUGCGAUCACGGUAUAUAUACUCCCGGGCAGCAGGAACUGCCAUACGGCAGUAUAGCCCACUACCACCCCGAGUGCGGUUGGUCAACAGUCCUAUCAAUCCCUGGAUAGAGAUUAACCGGCCGUUUGCAUUGGCGAGGACGGCUCCCAUCAGGGUUGUGAUUUCCAAGUCUCAAUUCAUCUUAACCAUCAGCCACAUUGUUGCCGAUUUGACGACACUUCAGAUUUUGCUGAGGGAGAUAUCUGAAAGAUACCAUGGGAAAUCCUUGCUUCCGGUCUCAAUGACUUAUAUGAACACCACAACCUGGGGAAGUUUGCCUAGUGCCUGUGAUCUAACUUUCUGGUCAGAAACACUGAGCCAACUUCCGCCGACAUCACAUCUACUAGGACACGAUGGGCGUAGACGCGGGUAUCGUGGAAAAUCCGCUUUCUGUGAAGUGCCUUCGGCGACGUACCAAGAAAUGAAGAGCCUUAUUAGUCAAUCGUCCAUUACGGGUCAGCAGCUUGCAAUUGCCGCAGUGGCACUCUCUUUGCAAAGGCCUACUGCCUCUCCUGAUUCCACGAACUCAACCGAUAUGGUCUUGGGUAUCCCGUACAUUAACCGGAAAUCGCGUGACGAGCUAGAUGUGGUUGGACUCUUCUUGGAGCCGCUGCCCAUCCGUAUCAAAUUUACCACCGAUGGUGAAGGUACCGACAAGGCGGAAUCAUACCUCAAAGCGGUACAGCAAUCGGUGCAAGAGUCAGUGGGCCAUUCAAUUCACUGGGACCAACUGUUGGAGCACCUCCAGGUGCGGACGUCAGCCCCAGAUCAUCCCCUGUUCGACACCGUCGUCACGUUCCACGGCCGGGGCCAUUCUAACGGGCUCGAAAUCAACGCACCAGGAUUCGAGACGUGUUACACCUUCACUGAUGGAGCCAAAUUCCGGCUGCUUUGCGAGUUCAGCGCUGUAUCAGAGGACAAGCUAGUGAUGCGGAUGGAGUAUGACACGGACUGCUUUUCACCCGACGAUAUAUAUCUGUUGCAGACACGAAUCCCGCUUGCGAUCACCCUAUUAGUCCAAGGCACUCCUUAUUCGGUUAUCCGACAAAGAAUGGCCGACCUGCAUGAUGCUCCUGUUGUCAAGGUUCUGCAGCCAGAUACCGUGUUUGGGCUUCCUCUCUCCAGCAUCUAG